CUGCCUCUUUUUAGUUUUUAACCCCAACUGACAACUGACAUAUCGAUUGUAGAAAGUCGAAACAUGUUGAAUUUUCGGAGAAUUUUCAAGUGCUGAGGACCUGAGGUCCCGGUCUUAGAACAGGAUUCACUACUAGAAUAAGGGUCCACUUAUUAGAAUUGAAAUAUGGCCACUAUUCGAUCUUGUUUAGGUCUUGAUGAUCUAGUUGAUGUUCUUGAUUUAUUAAAGAGAUGUGGCUUUGCAGAAACAAGAUGGUAUGAUCUUGGACUGAGACUAGGACUACUAAAGAGGACACUGGACGUCAUAGAAAAGAAUCAUCCUCAUGAUGUAUCUAGGUGUAUGACAGAGUGCCUCUCCCAAUGGUUAGGUAGAGCUGAUAAUGUUGACAGUAGAGGAGGAGCCAACUUGGGCUCACUGUCAGAUGCUCUACGAUCUAUGAAUGAAACCGCUGUAGCUGAGAAGUUAAAACAUGAUGUUCUUAUUAAUAUUUUUAAUAAUCGUCAUACUGUCCUGUCUCAGUCUCUUUGUGAUUCUGUCAGUAUUGCUUGGUUACUUUAUGCUGAACGUAUGUUAACACAAGAAGCAGUUAGUAGAGUGGUAUCAGCUAGUCCCUCUAUUCCUAAUCAACGUGAGGCUCUAUUAACUGCUGUCAAAGAAGCUGUUCAAACUGAUCCCAACAGUUUACAUACAUUUGCUAAUGUAUUGUGUACAAUGAGCACUAAUGUAUCACUAGGACAAGCUAUACUGGAUGAUAUUAGGAAGUAUUUUUGUACUCCUGAAGCAGAUGCAGUACCAGUGAUGGUUAAAGAUCAUAAUGUUGUUGCUGACGAUAGCACAAGUACUGCUGAUGAAACCAAUACAAUACAGUCUGAAUCUAGUAGUACUAUUACUGAUAGUUUGUCAUCACAACCUUCAUCUCAAGUUGAAGUUCCCGUUCCUAAGCAUUUAAUUGAAGAGUUCAGUUCAAAAUUUAGACUUUGAUGACAUCAAGGAAUUCUUGUCUUGCUACAGCAGUCUGAGUAAAAAAGUAGAUCAGUGUUGUGAUAUCUCAAGUAUCCUUUGUCAUGUUAAAGAUGAGUGUUCACUGACUAAUGUUACACUCCUCCAUAGUAUAGUGGAGGAAAUGAAGAUUGAUGAGGCAGAGGAACACAUUAAAACAUAUAAGACAGAGUUAAAGGAAUUCUACAGAUCAAUCAGAGUUAGUCUUUGUCUGGAAAAAAGAUUCGACUCUGUUUUUCAUCUUCAAAGUGAAACAGUUACUUUUAUUUUUGACUGGGAGCCUGAGGAACAUAUGCUGGAGGAUAUUAAGGAUAUACUUUCAAAGGUAUCUGGUAAACUACUGAUCAUUAAGUAUAUAGAAACCUCCACUUCAAUAUCUGUCACUUGCUCCUUUCCUUUCUCUGAUGUUGGGUUUACUGUAUUGAGGAUGAUAGAGAAUAUUCAUAUACUAAUGGG